CGUGCUCCCGUCGCUUCUUCCCUGUUGCUCACUCACUCGGAAUCUUUCUUCGAUAAGCUUGACUGCAGCGGCGAACUCUUCCGACCGGUGGCUCAUUCGAAUCCGAUCGUAUACGGAGAAGGAAUGGCUUUUCUUCGACUGCCGGCUAUGGGUUCUUUUUCUUGGAUGAAAAAGUUGUGACUUUUGUGGAAGCUUGCGGCAUUCUUCUCUCCCUUUCCGCCGGCAAUGGGGUUCCUCUUCAUUCUAAAACUUCGUCCUUUUUUCUCUGUAUUGUUAUUAUUUUCAUCAAUGGUGGCGGCGUUUGACCCGGCGGCCGGGGACCAGGCUGCCCUACUUGCGUUCAAGAGUUCUGUCACUGUUGAUGUCUCUGCAAUCCUGUCCGGAUGGGAUCCGGCUGUGAGUAGCCACUGCGAGUGGCAUGGAGUCACCUGUAACGGGACCUCCGGCAGGGUUACCGGCAUCGAUCUCGCCGGCACGAAGGCGUCGCGGCUUGGUGGAAUGCUGAACUCCCACAUCGGGAAUCUUAGCAAUCUCAGGUUCCUCUCACUUCCUUACAACUCAUUCUCCGGCGAGAUUCCUGGGACGGCGAUUGGCUCGCUUCGCAAACUGGAGCUUCUCGAUCUCCGCGGUAACUAUUUCUCUGGGGAGAUCCCCGAUCAGAUAGGAAACUUGGAAUCUCUUGUUGUUCUUGAUCUCUCCUAUAACUCACUUCAAGGCCCCAUUCCGAACGGUUUAAUCGGACUGCGGGCACUUAAAACUUUGGAUUUGUCGUUCAAUCGGCUUUCCGGAAGUGUAAAGGUUAGUCCCAUUGCAGAUUGCAAGUCUCUGAAUCAUCUCAAUCUUUCUGGUAAUCUUUUGGUCGGUGUAAUUGCUCCAGAGAUUGGGAGAUGCUCCAAUCUCCAGAGUUUAUUUUUUAAUGGCAAUGUUUUUGAAGGGAGCAUUCCGGCAGACUUAGGCAGGUUAACGGAGCUCCGAAUAUUGGAUGUUUCUAUGAACAGUCUCACUGGUAAGAUUCCAAAAGAGCUCGGCAACUGCCAGAGGCUUUCAGUUCUAAUCCUGACUGAUUUGAUUGGUACCUCCCUGACUGGAAGCUCUUCAUCAUUGUACCUGAAUGGCACUGAGGAGUUUAAUGCCUUCAGUGGAGCUAUCCCUCCUGAGAUUUUCUCAAUUCCCAGUCUGGAGAUUCUUUGGACUCCAAGGGCAAACCUUGAUGGGCAGUUGCCUGGUUUUCUAAAGAGUUCAUGCGGUUUGAGGAUUCUUAAUCUCGGGCAAAACUACAUAACUGGUGCCAUACCAGAGUGGAUUGGAUCUUGUGGAAAUCUUACGUACUUGGAUCUGAGUGUGAACAAUCUGCAGGGUUCAGUUCCUGUUGCUUUAAGUGUUCAGUGCAAGCUCUAUUUUAAUGUGAGUAGAAACAUGCUUUCCGGAUCACUUUCUGGAUUUUCCGGGAAGAUUUGCACAGAAAGUACGUUCUUUGAUUCUCUAUUUGGGAGCCAGCAAGAGGAUGAGAUUGAUAUUUUGAAAAUUUACUAUAACAAUCUUAUCCAUAGUGCUAAACAGGCUAAUCCAUACGCAUUAGUGCUGGAAGACGAUUCUCUGAUUCUCCAUGACUUCAGUUGGAAUCAGUUCAGUGGUUCAAUGCCUUAUUUUAUGCUCCCAGCUAAUAAAAACUUUUCAUAUAGCUUGUUGCUGAAUAAUAAUUUGUUUAACGGUUCCCUUUCUGAUAAUUUAUGGAAAUCAUGUACUGGUUUAAAUGCUUUUGCAAUUAAUUUGAGUAGCAAUCAGUUAUCAGGGGAAAUCGGGAAGCUCUCAAAUUGUUUGCAGAUUAAGAUCUUUGAAGCAGCAAAUAAUAAUUUAGGUGGCCAAUUUCCCUCUGAUAUUGGCAAUUUGCUCUCCCUGUUGUAUAUCGAUGUAAGAAGGAACAAUCUCAGUGGUACUGUUACAAAUCAGUUGGGAACAUUAAAGAAGGUUGAAGUAAUUCUCUUAGGUAGUAACUAUUUGUCAGGAUCAAUCCCUGUUCAGCUCGGGGAACUGGCAUCUCUUAAGCUCUUGGAUUUGUCGAAGAAUUCCUUAUCCGGCUCCAUUCCUUCGAGUUUAGCAGAUGCCUCUAAGCUUGAAAUACUUUUGCUUGAUCAUAACUAUUUUUCAGGCAAUAUUCCUCCAUCAUUUUCAAAUCUAUCAAGACUUGCAAUGUUAAAUUUGUCUUUCAAUAACCUUUCUGGUGAAAUUCCACAUCUUGUUCACGUAACCAACUGUAAACUAUUCGAAGGAAACCAAUUUUUGAAGCCAUGCUUAAGUUUAAAUGCCACACCUCCUUCAGUUCUUCCUUCAAACAAUUACACAGCAAACUCCAAUGGUCAAAAUAGCAAAUUGAAGCCUUUCAUGGUGGCAUCUAUUGCUUCUACGGCCGUCAUCUUCUUCAUUCUUGUGCUGCUGGGCAUUUUUCUGAUAACUGGGAUAAAGAGAUUUGUAAACCCGAAUCUAAGAAGUAAAGUUGUUGUGACCUUUACUGCCACUCCUUCUGAGCUGAAUUAUAGUAACGUUCUGAAGGCUACCGGCAAUUUUAGCCUCCAGAACUUGAUAGGAACUGGUGGGUUUGGCGCCACAUACAAGGCAGAGCUGCUCCCUGAUUACUUAGUAGCUGUGAAGAGGCUCUACAUAGGAAAAUUUCAGGGUCUCCAGCAGUUCGAUGCCGAAAUCAGAACAUUAGGAAGGAUUCGACACAAGAACUUAGUGACACUUAUAGGCUACCACAUGGGAGAAAGAAACACAUUCCUCAUCUACAAUUAUCUCUCUGGCGGAAACCUUGAAACAUUCAUUCAUAAUAUGUCUCAGAAAGAUGUCCAAUGGGCAGUGAUUCACAAGAUAGCUCUAGAUGUGGCUCUAGCAAUUUCAUAUCUUCACUACUCGUGCGCCCCUCGAAUAGUUCAUAGAGAUAUCAAGCCUAGUAACAUUCUGCUUGAUGAGAAACAUAAUGCUUAUCUAUCUGAUUUUGGGUUAGCGAGACUGUUAGAAGUGUCGCAGACGCAUGCUACGACAAAUGUGGCAGGUACCUUUGGGUAUGUUGCGCCGGAGUAUGCGGUCACCUGUAAAGUAUCAGAUAAGGCUGAUGUUUAUAGCUUUGGUGUUGUGCUGCUGGAGUUGUUGUCAGGGAAGAGAUCUCUUGAUCCAUCGUUCUGGGAUUAUGGAGAUGGGUUCAACAUCGUUGGCUGGAGCAGGUUGCUGAUACAGGAAGAACGCUGUGCGGAGCUCUUUUUUCCUUCUCUAUGGAAGGCAGGACCGGCAGAUAAGUUGGUUGGAAUUUUGAGACUUGCGUUAGCCUGCACUGUUGAAUCACUUUCCAUUAGACCAUCUAUGAAGCAAGUUGUGGAGAUGCUUAAAAAUUUGAAGAAUUAGAAUGUUCACAGAAUCUUGGGUUUUUGCACAAUCAUUUAUGAGGGUCUAAUGUGGCAUUAUGGAGCUGUUUGUAGCCAGUUGGAGUUGUGAAACAUCAGAGUUGAAGAUCACUCCCCUUAUUCUACAUCAGAGGUGAAGAUCAUUCUAGUUUCUUAAGAUCUCCAGCUUUCUUGCAGCUUGAUUUAGAGUACAAGAAGAAAUUAUUUCUGGACCUCUUUCCAUAUCAAGCACAGCAUGCAGCAUUUAGUCAAGCAUUUGUAAGUAUUUUUUCUCAGCAAUUAGGUUUUUUUUUUUCUAUUUUUUUUUUCCUGUCAAUCUUAAUUGAGAUUGAUGGACAGGAUGUCUUAAUUUUUGUUGUAAUUUGGAUAUUAUGGAUUUUAGU